GGCAUAAUUUUUAGCACUUGUUUCAAAUAAUAAGAAAUCAAUGGUAAAAAUAGAUAUUAAUCACCUUUUUCGAUUUCAUUUUUUUAGUUUACUUUUAUAAUUGUAAUAAGCAUUUAUAAAUGUGGAAUAUAUAAACUUUUCUAUUUUGCCAAUAAAUUUACCAUUGAAUAGAUAAUUGAAUGAAAUGUAAAUGAUCUUUUAUAUUCUAUAAUGAAUGGUAAAUUGAUAUUUGACAGUGAAUCAGCUCCAGGUGGACCAUCUGGUAGACAAGUAUCACAAUCAUCACAAUACAUAACUAAAUUAACUGAUUACAACUUCGAUAUGAAUUUUGCACAAAAAUUGAGAAUGCAAAAACAUAAUAAUAAUCAAUUGGCUUCGUUACAAAAAAUGAAUUAUCCUCAACAACAGCACUCAUUUGAUUCACAUCAGUAUGAUAAUCAUUACCCUUUACAAUUUAUCUCAGGACAAUCAGAAUUAAAACAUAAUUAUUCUGAUUCUGAUGAACCGUCUAGUUUUUAUCAACCAAUACCUUCAAAACAACAUUAUUAUUCAUCAUAUCGUCGAUUUAAAACAUGUGAUCGAUUGCCAAAACAUAAACAAUUUGAAAAUUCAUAUCAUCCAAAAUUGUUGGAUUCGAAUAUAAUUAUGUCACAUACUGAUCAUCAUCUAUUAAGUACGCCAACAGUAUCUGGAUUUAGUGAAUUUCAAUCAGAUAAUAAAAAAAUGUACUUAACAACACCAUCAGCACAAAUGCCUACUAAUUUAUCUCACCCAUUUUCAAUUUCACGUGAAACAGCAUUUAAACCGAUAAAUCAAAAAACUUUCAAUAGAAAUGCAUCAUCCUCCUCUUCUCAAUCCAUUCAUGAAUGUAACAGUGAAAGUUAUAUUAUCGCUAAUAUUAACAAUGAAGUAGGUCAUAGUAGUAAUAAAGUAAAAAUAAAUUCCACACCGAAUUUAUUAGAUUAUAUCAAUACAAUUAAUCCUUCUGUUAGCAGUUGCAAGUAUAAUAAUCCAUUGAUCCAUACACAACAACAGUUCCACUUACAACAACUUAAACAGUUUCAACAACGUGACAUACCAAAUCAUAAUGAUAAUAGAUUACAGACAACUGGAAAAAAUUAUACCACAAGAAGUAUGGAAGAACUUUUGAAGCGACAAAAAAAGCUAGAUCAUCUUCAAUAUUGUCUUCAAAGAUAUGAAAUAGAACGUGAAGAAGCUGGACAAGCAAUACGUAGAAUUGAGGAACGUAUGCAAGAAUUAGAAGCUAGAGCAUCGGAUCUAUUAGAAUAUGAUAUUUCUAAAAACUUGACUAAUGAUACAUUAAAUCCUUUACAACAACAAUGGAGAAAUCUUACUAAUAGUAUUAAUAAAUCUUGUAAUCAAAGUGAACACUUUACAACGGAUGAUCUUGAAUGUCAAUAUAUUCAUUGGUUGAAAAAUAUUGAAGAUUCAACAAACACAUUAAAGCCCACUGAAUUAGACGAAAAUCCUACUAAUAUACAUACUCAGAAUAAUUAUAUGUACAUAGAAUCAUCAACAAAUGAUGAAAAUGACAUUUCUAAAUAUCACAUCAAACCAAAAUGUUCAGCAGAACACAGUUUUAGUCCUAUCUCUUUACCUAAUGUAAACAAUACAUCAUCAUUAAAAGCAUCUACACAAGUAGAUAAUAAUAAGAAUUCAUCGGAAACUAAACGAAAUUUGUUAUUGGAACAUUUAAUGGUUCAGAGACAGAGACUGGCCACUGCGGACGCAUCAGUUGCAUUACUGGCGAAGAGAUUAAUGCUGCUAAAUACAAGUCCUAAAGUUCAACAGGACAGCACAAAAGAGAAAGCAAUAUAUAAGCGAAAAGUCUCAUACCCCGGGAACUCUUUAGAGAAGAAUAUAUCAACAUUUGACCAACUGGUAGACAAUCAACAAGCUCUAACCUACUCAAUUACUCCAAAUGUUCUUCGAAACUCUAAAAUGAUCAGUGGCACUGUCAAUUCAGCAAUUCAUAGUGAAUAUUCCACUGAUAGUAUAUUUCAGUCUCAAUUACCCCAUAGUUCUGAAGAUGAUAUCCUAACUCAUGGACAUUCACCAAAACCCAAGUUUACAGGUUGGCAAAAAUCUAGUACAAUCGAACGAAUAAAUAGUUCAAGUGCUCAAUACCUCCUAGAUUCUCCUCGACUUAACAAUAACAAUAAUACUGCUAAAUCAACUAAUAUUACAAAUAAAUUUAAAGACAUUUCAACAAAUGAUAAUAUUGGCAAAAAUGAAUUAAAUAAUUUACAUCAAGAUGGGGAUUCAUCAGCUCCUAGUGUUGAACGAAGAAGAUUACCAACACCUAUCCGCGGAGAUUUAUCAGCAUGGAAUGUGAAAAAGUAUUUGCAUAAAGUUCCUCAGUUUACAAAACUCGCUUCAGAGAAUGGUUAUAUCGAAUUAGCUAACACUAGUUCUUCCCCAACUAAUGAUGAAGAUUAUACAAGUCGAUUGUUGUAUGGAACAUCAAAAACUCAACUACCUAGCCGACGAUUUUUUAAUACUAAUUCAUUGAAUAAUUCUAUGACGGGAUUUUUAACUCCUAUUAACUGUUCAUUUUUAUCAACAACAACACAACAAUCAUCACCCGCAACAAUGACAACACAACCAUUAUUAUAUAAUGAGAAACGUUUGAUCGAAAAGUCACUAUUGCGUCACAGACCAACACCACCAACACAACAACAUCAACUAAAACCAGUACCCCCACUUCCACCAAAACCAAAUCAAAUCAGUCUGCAAACAUCUAUUGGGGCAACACAAGAACAUCUCAGUGCUGAAGAUGAAGAGGUGUACAAAUUUAUGUCACGUUCGUUUGAUGCUAAUGAAGAGAUGAAUUUAGAUUUUCAACCUUUAAAUCGAAAUUUGACCGAUUCCAAACAAAGACCUCUACCACCGCCAUAUUAUGUCAAUAUAAAUGACACAAAUAAUGAAAAAUUAUUAAAUCAAAGAAAGAUAUUUCCACAUAAAAUAUCAAGAACAAUGAAUAAUAAAACUAGUCAAUUAUUAAAACAAACUAUAACACAGAAUCAUGACUCGCAUAUACUCACUGGAGGAUCAUUAACAUCAUUAAAUGAUACAACUAAAGAAGGAGAAAAAGAAAGAGAAGAAGAAGAAGAAGAAGAAAGUACCAAUCGAUUAUUGAAUCCAUCAACAAAAAUUAAAAAAUCAUUAAAUUCAAUUGAGAAAAUAAAAAAUCAAAUGGAAGUAAACCAAGCUCAUAAAAUUAAACGAUAUAUCAAACAAAAGUCAGACUACUCAUUUAAUCUAAGAGAUUACUUACAAAUUCUUCAUCAUCCAAUUAAUGAGUUAGCUAUAGAAACAUCCGAUACAACUGUAUCGCCUGAACAACACGGGGGAAUAUGCCUUACAAGUUUACUUGGUAAUUGGCUUACAUCAAGAACUACUCGAGCACAAAAAACAUCUACAGUUAACGAAUCAUUGGAUUAUUUCCAAUGCAAGAUUAUUCUAAGCAGUAGAAUAUGCGGUGGUUAUCUAUGGAUUAUGAAAAAGCCAAGUCGUCAACGAAAUAAUAGUAAUAUAUGGGAUUCAAUAAUGCGUCGAGUACAUGAUACAUCGUUUAAUCAAAUAACCAAUACAGAUAAUGAAAAGCAUAACAAACGAAUCAUAAUACGUAGUUCAAACAAUGCAAAAUGGUGUCGUAAAUGGUUGUCAUGCGAUAUGUUAGAACAAAAGAUAUUCAUAUGCGAAAGAAAAGGAUGUGGACGAAUUGAAUGUACGAUAAACUUUUCGACAAUUAAAGAUAUACAUCAAAGUAGUACAGAUCAAUUAUUAGAUUGUCAAAAGUCUUGUUCAUUAUCGCCUAGAAUAUCUCAGAAAACUUCUUCAACAUUAUUAAACACAAAUACUAGUAACAAUAAUACUGAUAAUAAUAAUCAUCAUCACGAGGUUAAAAGUUCUACUCAACAAGAUAAAAGUAUAACUAUUUCGGAUACUAAUGAAGAACAAAUAAAGAAAACAACCAUAAACAAUACAAUGACAAAACAAACAAACUGUACAGAGAAAACAGAAACAUUAUUUUGUCUAGAGACUAUACUACAUACAUAUUUUUUAAUGGCUCCAUCCUCUGAAUUGACCAGAUUAUGGAUUGAUGUUUUAAAACAAGGUAAGUUCACAUGUGUGUGUGUGUGUGUGUGGAAAAUACCUAACAAAUUUGUAAUUGAUAAGUUAACUUUAAAUAAGCUUUUUUUUAUUAGAAGUAUGAUUGAACUUGUUACCUGGAAUAUAUCAGUACUUAAAUUAAUAACAGUAUAAAACAGUAACAAGAUUGUAAGGGAUACUGUUAUGUCUUUAGCUUAUACGAUUAUCGCGUUGACUUAUACGAACAAGCUAAUGAUGCAUACACCAGUACGAGCAGCCUAAAGUUUCGAUUGAUCCUUUAUCCGCCUAGCUAUGUCUGUUAAGUCUAGAACAAUAAUCUCAGCCUCCGCAAUAUGAAUCAUAUAUUUCAAACAUACUUGGUUUAUAUACAAGUAAAAUCAGACCACAUCAGACCAGAAAUAGAAAACAACAUUUAUACAAGAUAAAGUCAAAAGUGACCGUGAUUGUGAGAAACUGUUAUUAAUAAAUUGGAAAAAUCUUAAGAACAUUAAAUCGUAUUAUAAUAGUCAAUAGAUCAAAUAAAACCUUAUAAUGAAGGAUAUAUAUAUAUAUAGUAUGAUCACAUAAUAGUUAGACAAUAAGAAUAUAGUAUAAUAUUUGUCCAUAAGUAAUUGCUAGAGGAUACCAUUCGUUUUUUCUCGUCCGGAUAUAACAGAUAUAUCGAUUUUAAGAGAAUCAACAGUACUUUUGUUGCCCGACCUUUGUUAAUUGAAUGAAAAUAAGUUUGAAUCUAUCACCCAUUAUCCAGGUUUUCAAUGGUGGUUUGUGAUUUCAAUGACAUUAUUUUAUAGUUAGCCGUAUGAAUCAAUCAUCUAUAGUCUUAAAAUUAAAGUAAUAAAUUACUGAAUAAUCCACUUGAUCUAUCAAACAUUCGGAUCCCACGUCGAUUUGAGUAGUCAAGAACCAUCAUUUGAAGUGUAGCACAAAAUCAAGUGGAAGAACGUGUAUUCUAGUUAGCGAGUGAUAUCAACUUACUUGAAUGUUCACUUUAGGAACCAGAUUAAAAGUCAAAAUAUCAGUCAUUAGAUUGUGGUUUUUUAUAUUACACGUCAAAUCAACUUUAUUGAAAAUUUGAAGAUUCUUUCAUCGAAGACUAGGAGAAGUUGAAGAACCAUUAAAAACCCGAAUCCCCUUAUUAAAUGCCUCAUCCACAUUUGGAAUUUAUUACUAGUAUGAACCCACAAUGACACAAUAUAUGUUCAUAUUCAGAAGGGGUUUUGUGGAGAUU